AUUUUAUUCUUCCCAACAUACAAAAAAAAAAAAUCUUUAUCAUGUUUCCCCUGCGUUUCUCCUCUCCUGCCUUGUUCCGCGCUAGGGAGCUGCAGUGAUGUCAGCCUGCCUGGGUCAUUUGAAGGUCAGCAGCCUCGGAAGGGUUCAUAGAAAGUUCACUCGCAUAUAUUAGGCUAUUCAAUCUUUCAUUCUCUGUGGCAAAACUAGUUGGAAAUGAGCUGCACAGGGGGACGGAUAACCCAUUCGUCAUCGGAGAGGAGAACAUGUGCUUUUAAACGCCGUCCGUGUCAUUUUUGAUAUUACAAAAGAAAGAUCGUCCGGUUCAGGCGGGUUUUUUUUUUUUUUUUUAAACUGCUGCUUACCCCAGUCUACGGUACCGCGACGAGGCGACUGACUGAAAACACGUCGGGAUGUUAUUAUUAUUAUGUAAGAGUCCAGUUUAGACGUCCGUGGCAGCGCUCGGAGUGGACACGGUGCGGUGGUGGGAAAAAAAAAAUGGCAAAUGAGUAUUUAGAGGAAGCCAUUGAACAUUUUGGUCCGAAAUAAUUCAUGAUUCCGGUGCGGGACGAAUGAGAAGAAGAGGAGCGAAAUCCGCCGCGCCAAGAAGAAGAAGAAGGAGAGGAAGAGGAGGAGGAGGAGGAGGAGAGGAGGAGGAGGGUAGAAGUAGGCUCGUGGAGUUUGAUGGAGUUCUGUGCGCUUAUGCCGUUGAUUUUUUUUUUUCAUCUGUAACGCACAAGAGUAGUUGAACGACGCGCCGUCAACAUGUUUGACUGCAUGGACGUGCUGGCCGUGAGUCCCGGGCAGAUGUUGGAUUUCUACACGCCCAGCCCGUCCUCCUGCAUGCUGCAGGAAAAGGCUCUGAAAGCCUGCAUCAGCGGACUGGCGCACAGAGAGUGGCAGCACCGCCGGAGCGCACACUCCAUUGAAACACAGAGCACCAGUUCUGAGGAGCUCGUCCCCAGCCCGCCGUCCCCGCCACCCCCUCCCAGAGUCUACAAGCCCUGCUUCGUCUGCCAGGACAAGUCCUCUGGAUACCACUAUGGUGUCAGUGCUUGUGAGGGAUGCAAGGGUUUUUUCCGCCGAAGCAUCCAGAAGAACAUGGUGUAUACGUGUCACCGGGAGAAGAACUGCAUUAUCAACAAGGUGACAAGGAACCGCUGUCAGUACUGCCGCCUGCAGAAGUGCUUUUCAGUGGGAAUGUCCAAAGAGUCUGUUCGAAAUGACCGGAAUAAAAAGAAGAAAGAGAGCCCAAAGCCGGAGCUGGCAGAGAGCUACGAGCUGACAGCCGAGCUGGAGACCAUCAUUGAAAAGAUUCGUAAGGCCCAUCAAGAAACCUUCCCCUCCCUGUGCCAGCUUGGCAAAUACACCACGAACUCGAGUGCAGACCACCGUGUGAGGCUGGACCUGGGCCUGUGGGACAAGUUCAGUGAGCUGGCCACUAAGUGCAUUAUCAAGAUCGUGGAAUUUGCCAAACGAGUGCCUGGCUUCACGGGGCUGACCAUCGCGGACCAGAUCACGCUCCUGAAAGCUGCCUGCCUGGACAUUUUAAUCCUGCGCAUCUGUACGAGGUACACCCCCGACCAGGACACCAUGACCUUCUCGGAUGGGCUGACCCUCAACCGGACGCAGAUGCACAAUGCUGGCUUCGGCCCACUCACAGACUUGGUGUUCACUUUUGCCAACCAGCUGCUGCCCAUCGAGAUGGACGACACAGAGACAGGCCUCCUCAGCGCCAUCUGUCUCAUCUCUGGAGAUCGUCAGGACCUAGAGGAGCCCUCCAAGGUGGACCAGCUCCAGGAGCCUCUCUUGGAAGCUCUGAAGAUCUAUGUGAGGAAGCGUCGGCCCAGCAAACCGCACAUGUUCCCCAAAACCCUAAUGAAGAUCACAGACCUGCGCAGCAUCAGUGCUAAAGGAGCAGAGCGGGUUAUCUCUCUUAAGAUGGAGAUCCCAGGUUCCAUGCCACCGCUCAUCCAGGAGAUGUUGGAAAACUCAGAGGGCCAAGACAGCCAGAGCAGCAGCAGCAGCAGCAGCAGCAGCAGCAGCAGCACUUCAGCCGAGACAGGGGCCAGCCCCAGCAGCAAGGGCAGCCCCAAUGAGGACACCGCUGCUGUGGAGUCACCGGAGUCCUUGGACACCGAGGGGGCUACGGCCACACCACCCAGCGAUGAGCCCUAAGGAGCGCCUGCGGGUGCCUCUGAGAUUUACUUUGACAUUUCUUUGCACAAAAAAAAAAUAAAAGACCAGCCGGGCGAGGCGUCGACCCCCUAUAACCUCUCUGCCCCGACUCUCCGACGCUUGGUAUUACGUUAUCUUUAUAUUCUUCCUCUCCCAUUGCCCUAAUAUUCCCUCCUUAAAAAGAAAAUGUCGACACGGAGGCCUCAAAGGAUCAGUGCUUUGUGUAUAAUUCUGAAUUGAGCUCUUUUGGCAUGGUGUCUCUGGGACUGUGACAGGAAGGGUGUGGCCCUCACAAACCGCCAGAGAUGAUACUCCUCAGGUCUCCUGUGUAACUUCUUAUCUGCAUGAUGGGAGUUGGAUAAGUGGUUUUACUCCUCUCUCUCUCACUAUCUCUUACUCUUUCCUCAUCUCUUUUCAUCUCUCAUAUUGUUGGCAUACGUACAUUGUACAUACCAUGGUAUGGUUAGAUCUCUGUUUCUAUGAUGAAUUUUGUGGUGCUUUUUUCAUUGUCUUAAAUAUUAUCUUUGAGGCGAUACAUCAAGGUUUAAAGAGGGACUAAUUGUAAGUCCUUCAAAAGUUAUCUAGAAUGUUAUUGCAUAUAGACAUUAUGGAAGUCUAAUAUUUUAUAUUUGUUCCUAUAUUUAAAACUGUUCUUGUCUUUAUCGGUUCAUGUCUCUACAUGAAUGAGUGUACAUCCACACCGCCAGAAUGCAAAGCUUCUCUCCAUAUCGACAGCCGAGUCUGUUCAACUGUUUCCUCAAACGAGGGAAGCGCAACAGCAAAAGCCUUUGACACACACUCAUCAGGCCGACCGUGUCUGUUUAACUUUUCUGUCUCGGCAUGAACCGCAGAGACCCGAUGUAGCAGAUUGGAUUUAGAAUCAGCCUGUCUAUGAAAUUAACUCAUUUGAUGGCUGUGUCUCCUCAGUAAAUCAGUUUACCUCACUGUCAAAGCAAAUUGGGGAAAGCAGCUUGUUGACAGAUACCAGAGAUUUUUCUGCAACAGGCUGUGAUCACAUAGGACAACCUAUAUUUUUAUGAGACCAUGAUUCAACAUUAACUGUGGUUGGUUAAGUGGUUUCACGAGUUUAACAAGCCCGUGUUGUGCUACAGUUUGUCCCCAUAAAAAAUCUGUUCCCCUGAAGGAUUGUGCUUAUUUUCACUAGCCUCAAAGCACUAGUGUCCACUGACUGUAUGAGGAAAAUGUCUGGCUUCACUUUACACUGCUUGCUAUUUAUUAAUCUGAUUUCCACCAGUAUGAUUUCCUUGUUCAGUGGACAAAGGACAAGUUCAGAAUAAUCGCCAGGGAAACUAAUUUAUCAGAGAAUACAAAGGAAAACAAAUGUUGGUGCAGCAACAAUGAAACUGAGAUGAAAAAAGUCAUUGAAACGGGCGUCAAGUAUCCACAUUCUCUGUUUCACUGGCUUGUUGUUCUCCUGCUAACAAGCAAGACAACAUUCAUCUCCCUGGUCUGGUUUAAUCUAGCUAGCAUAAAACACUGUUAGCUUCUGGCCAUACAAGAAAAAGUAAGACUGGCAACAAAACCCCCAUCUUUACUGACCUCAGCGAGGCUGUGUUUAAUUGCAUUUUAUCUUUUCAAUUGUAAGAGAAUUAAUGUGCUAAGUCAUCUUUCAAAAGUCAAAUAGUCACAACCUUUUAUUACAUUUGUGUUUUAUUGGUCAUGCUAAUAUUGUACUCGCCAGAAUCAUCUCUGAGAUCUGAGAACACAACAAAUAGGAAAUGAUGAAGAUUGACAGAAAGUAACAUGGGCAGUCACAUGAUCAGACAGGCUAUAAACAAGCC